AUGGGAUUGGGCUAUUACUACCAGGGUGAUAUUCUUCUUAAACCUAAAACGAGCAAGGUUGGCCUUUCUGAUUCAGCGGCUCGAUGGCCUAAUGGGAUUGUGCCGUAUAAAUACGAGGGCAGUUUUUCAUUUCUGGAAAAGUCGGUAAUUAACGCUGCAAUCCUCCAGUACUCGAUUAGAACUUGUGUUCGAUUUGUUCCUUACAAGGAUCAGCCGUUCUACAUCACCAUUACUAAGAACGAUACCGGAUGUUACUCGUAUGUAGGAUUCCACGGCGAUAAUCAGUACCAUCAGGUGAAUCUUCAAAGCCCUUACUGUUUGGACCGCAUUGGAACACCGGUGCACGAAUUUCUGCACGUGCUUGGAGCUUUUCACGAGUUUACCCGACCGGAUCGUGACGACUGGAUCUCGAUCAACAAAAGUGCUUUGAGGGAAGAAUUUCAGUCGGAAGAAUUUUUUAAUGCCAAUUUCGCUCUAUUGCCUGCCGAAUACGUUUCAACGUACAACAUAAGCUACAACUAUCAAUCGGUGAUGCAUUACUCGAAAUAUGCUGGAGCGGCCAGUCCCAACUAUCCGGUGAUGAUCAACAAGAAGCCAUUUUUUGGAGAUUUUGGAAACGACGCUGGAAUGUCCCAAACUGAUGUGGAUAUGGUCAACAUUAUGUAUUGUGGAAAGAAGGCAAAGGUGGCUGAAAUUGAUGGAAAUUCUGUUGAAUGACAAUUUAGAAGUGUUUAGUGUAAAAAAGUAUAUUUAAAUAAAUAUCUCUGCACGAAAAAAGUAAUACUUUUCUCUGUGGCCCAUGCAAUCAUCAUUGAAAACCUUCUUUAA